CUUAUUAAUAGCAAUUGGCAACGCAUUCGUUGUUCAAUGCGCCCAUCGCUGCCUGGUCAGGCUGAGCAGGAAUUGUAGUCGUCACCUGCUGUUGCUCGGGAGCACAGCGACCCAGAAAUGUCUAGGAGGACUCAAUUGCGGGAUAUUUUUGCACGUCUGCUACCUUCUAGACUUCAUGGCUCAGUAGUCCUGAUUGGUCUCCGACUCUCGGACUACUCGAGACGAGUGUGAUCGAUGGGUGGGAAUAGUACCACAGGUCCGACCAUGUCACUACUCUACGGAGCUGAACAAUCUCGCAUUAUUAAUGCUCAUGAAUCGCUGAUCGCAUGCUUACCUAUGCUUACUCUGUUCAAAUAUCAGUGCUUUAGUAGCAAAACCUGAAUAUGCUGGAAAAUGUCACAUGCUAUCAUUGGCUCUGCGUAUGUCUUCCAGUUUAUUUAUAUCGACUCAUAUGGAGACUUUCAACUUCCAUGUGUUCCUUCAGCCUCCUUUGGUCAUUCGUGGUGCAUUAUCAAAGUCCCCGCUCUUUUUUUCAACAUGCAGUCGUUCUCAGUCCUGCUUCGUGCAGUUCUCCUCGCCACUGUGACCUCUGUAUCGGCUUCAAGCUUCCUUAGAAUUCCCCUGACGAAGCUUGCGCCUCCUAGCUCCUACCUUGCGGGACUGCCUGAUGCUGAUCGUACACGUGCUGCAUUCCUCAAGAACUAUGCUUCUGGCGGUCCUACGACCGUCCCUGCAUCCAACCUCGCAUAUGUCCAGUACACAACCAGUGUUGGCGUUGGCAGCCCUCCGACAUACUACAAUUUGGUUGUUGACACUGGUAGCUCCAAUACUUUUGUCGGAACUGGGAAGACGUAUGUCCAGACCUCGACCAGUAUCUUCACUGGUGAGGACGUCAACGUCACUUACGGCAGUGGUUACUUUUCUGGCUUGGAGUAUCUCGACCAGGUGACGCUCGCUCCAGGUUUUGUCAUCACGAACCAGUCCAUCGGUGAUGCUCUUUCCUAUGCCGACUUCGAGGGCGUCGAUGGCAUCGUCGGAGUGGGCCCCGUCAUUCUGACUGAGGGCACACUCUCACCAAGUACCGACGAGCUGAUUCCCACUGUCAUGAACAACGCUCUCUCGCAGGGUUUGAUCACAGAGGAAAUAUUAGGUGUCUCUUUCGCACCUGCAACGAGUUACAAUGACACUAAUGGAGCCCUCACUUAUGGAGGCAUUGAUUCGUCUUUGUACACCGGCGAAAUCACUUACACGCCGGUCACCGCAACUUACCCUGCUGGCUACUACUGGGGCGUCAAUGUCACCGAUGCAACGUACGGCUCCACAACGACCGUUAUCCCAACGUCAACCGCCGGAAUCGUCGAUACUGGCACCACCCUGAUCCUGCUCGCUGAUAACUUCUUCGAGUCCUACUUGCGUGCCAUCCCUGGUGCCAAGCUCGAUGAGAGCACGGGCCUCAUGACCGUCCCUGAAAGCUCCGUCUCGAAAAUCGAACCAUUGAACUUUACUAUCGGCGGCACCGUCUUCAGUCUGGAUGCUGCAGCGCAACUCAUUCCGAUUGACCAGAACACCGCAUGGGGCUUGUCAGCAAACACGCAGUACGGUCUUGUCUCAUACUUAGGGACUAACAGCGGCGAAGGGCUAGACUUCAUCAUCGGGCAGAAGUUCAUGGAGAAGUACUAUGCUGUUUUCGACACGGAUAGCGAUCGCGUUGGAUUCGCUUAUACGUGAGUUUUUUUUCCUCGUAUCUGGUUUUCUCUUCCGGCUGAUAAAUUUUUGUAAAAGUGAACAUACAUUUACUACGUACA